UCAUUGCAUGUCCCCCGCUAGCGGCGGCCAAUGCCGGAAGGUAGUGUUGUAUUUUAUCGAUUUUCUUCGCGCUAUUCCUGACGAUAGAAGCCUCCCCGUGUGAGGAAAUUUCGGUGGAGAGGAGGCACGGGCCUACAGAGGUAGUUCUACCCAUCCUGUUAGCCAGGGAGCUUGCGGUUGGAGGUGAGGGGCCGGGGCAAGGCGGUACAACAUACACCAUGGCGGAGUCCGGUGGGGACGCUGGAUUCAACUCCAAGAAUGUCGCGUUACGGGCGCAGAAGAAAGUCCUGAGCCGCAUGUCCACCAGAAAAGUCGCCAAAAGCUUCAUGGACGACACCACGGCUGACCUGAUGGACAACCUGUACCGCAUCGCGCGGAACCACUCGGGAAACAAACGGGAGGCCGAGAAGGUGAUGAAGGAUGCGGUGAAGAUCGUGGUCAAGAUCGGGAUCCUGUUCCGGAACGAGCAGUUCUCGCAGGAGGAACUGAGGAUCGCGAACGACUUUGUGCGGAGGUUCCGUAACCUGGCCAUGACGGUCGUCAGCUUCUACGAGGUGGACUUCACGUACGACAAGAUGUUCCUUCUCCGCUCGCUGGCGGAGUGUCGCGAGAUGCUGCACAGACUCGUGCGGAACCACCUCACCGAGAAGUCGCACGGCCGGAUAGACCACGUCUUCGACUUCUUUGGGGACGGAGCGUUCCUCGACGCCGUGUUCCAGCGGGAAAGCCCGCACAGAAAACAGCUGGGACUGAUCGUCAAGGACUUGCACACGCUCAUGGACGAAGUAGAGCCUGCACAGACAUGAACACCCCCGCCCGCUCCAAUGGUACGGCCCCCUUGCUAACGGGAUGAUUGACAGGUGACAUGCCCCCAUCAGGACCCACAACUCCUUAUAUGGAACACAACUCCUUAUAUGGAACACAACUCCUUAUAUGGAACACAACUCCUUAUAUGGAAGCAAACAAAAAGCGCUGUGACAAGAAAAUCAUCAGAACUCUGCAAUCAUGAUAGAUAAUAAUAUAACAGUUAUAAUUAUAUGUAUGACAUAC